AUGGGGUUUGAUUUAAACAGGAGAGAAUUUAGAGAUGCUCUACGGCUUCGCUACAACUGGUCUUUCAACGACAUUCCAUCAAAAUGUGUAUGUGGUGAAGACUUCUCUGUCGAUCACGCAAUGAUUUGUAAACGAGGAGGGUUUAUAAUCCAACGUCAUAACGAAUUACGCGAUCUGGAAGCUGAACUCCUCAACACAUUUGAAAGAAGGAUCCGGCUGACUGCGUACCACCACAAGAAGAGGGAGSAUCAAGACCAAGAAGAUGGCCGUAUAGAAGAAGACGUGGAGGAGUACUACCCAAAGGUACCUGGCCCUGGAAGGAACUGGAACCCGCCGAAGGAAAGCAUCACGGAGAUUGAAGUGUUUCGUUUCCUGGCAACCGUGAAACGAUAACUUUUUAACCCUAMCAAUUUGAGGAUCGCCAAAGAUAAUCUGACCCAGGCAGAAAGAUCUGCAUUAAGGGAGAUGAAAGCCGACAAUGACAGGGUUAUUAGAAUACAAGAUAAAGGAUCAAGGUUUGUCAUCAUGGAUAAGAACGAUUACAUUACCAAGAUGGAUAGACAGUUAAACAACCCACUACAUUAUCAAAGGUUAGAACAAGAUCCUACUAACCUCCAUUUAGACAAAGUUAAGACCUGGGCGUCUAAAUGGUUGACUAGAAGACAAAUCCCUGAGGAUAUUGCUGCUUGGGUUGUUAACGAAGAAGCGAAAGCUGGUACGGCAUUUGGUAAUGUAAAAACACAUAAGAAAGAUAACCCUGUUCGACUUAUUACAUCUUGCUGUGGCACAGCCAYUGAAAMUUUGUCRGCUUUCACAGAAUUUUAUUUGAAGCCUUUAGUUUCUGGACUGCCCUCAUUUGUUAGAGACACUACUGAUUUGUUAAAUAGAAUAGAUAGAUUAAAYAGAUAA